CAACCUCGAAGUGAAAAUGAAGUGUGUACAUUUAAUUUAUUUCUUAUUUUUUCAAGUUUUAUCGGUAUUUACCGGGGAAAGUAAAGGGUUGCAAGAAAGGAGCGACGCAUCAGCAAACAGUUUUCACCAGGAAGUGCUGAAUAGGCCACCAACCAUCGCUAUAGUGAUCCUAGUUCGAAAUAAAGCGCACACUCUUCCGACUUUUUUUUCCUGUCUUGAAAAGCUUCGAUAUCCCACAGAUCGGAUAUCAUUAUGGGUGCGCACAGAUCACAAUGCAGAUCAUUCAAGUCAGUUGUUGAAACAAUGGAUAAAUGCAAUGUCGGGACAUUACCACAGUAUAGAUGUCACUUAUGACAAACGCAAACAUGAAGAUGAUACAGCAUUUGAAGGAGAAACAGGUCCAACGCAUUGGCCUAAUUCUAGGAUAACACAUGUGCUUAAAUUGCGCCAGAAAGGCUUAGAAUAUGCAAGAAAAAUUUGGGCAGAUUUUGUCCUGUAUGUAGAUGUAGAUAAUUUCCUUGUAAAUCCUGACAUACUACAUGAUCUCAUUACACAAAGAAGAACAAUAGUUGGUCCAAUGUUAAAUUCAACAGUAGAUUACUACAGUAACUUUUGGUGUGCUAUGACAGAAAAGGGUUUCUAUGCUAGGACAGAAGACUACUAUCCUAUACUAUAUUGGCGUAAGCUUGGAUCGUUCCCUGUUGCUAUGCUACACUCAACAUUCCUGAUUGAUCUAAGACGUGAUGAGUCUACAAAAAUCCAGUUCUAUCCCCCACCACCAGGUUAUACAGGGCCGUAUGAUGACAUCAUCAUUUUUGCAAUAGCUUGCCAGUAUGCAGGUGUUCCAAUGCAUGUGCUAAAUGGUAAACUAUAUGGUUAUAUGCUAAGCCCUCUUGAUGAAAUGCAAACUAUAGAGACAGAAGUAGAGCGAAUGCAGCAUUUGAGACUUGAGUGUAUGCUUGAGGACAAUAGAGAAUUACCAGAGCCUUCUAGUCAUAUUGAAGUAGACCUUCCUCCUAAAGACAAAGCUGGGUUUAGUCAGAUCUACAUGAUAAACCUAUUGAGGAGACCUGAGAGAAGAGAGAGAAUGUUAAAAUCUCUGGAGGAACUCAGACUUCAGGCAAAGAUCUUUGAUGCCGUUGAUGGAAAACAGUUGAAUGAUACAUACCUGUUUAACCUUGGUGUAGAGAUGUUGCCAGAAUAUAGGGAUCCUUACUCAGGGAGGUCAAUGACGCUAGGGGAGAUUGGAUGUUUCCUUAGUCACUAUUUUAUAUGGGAAGAGAUUGUUAAAGAAGGUUACGAGACAGUAUUGGUUCUAGAAGAUGAUGUAAGGUUUGACCGUGGGUUCAGGCGCAGACUCGACAGUGUCAUGGAUGAGGUUAAAAGGUCACAGGUUGGAGCUGAACUCAUAUAUAUAGGGCGAAAGGCCUUAAAAUACAAAGAGGAAAGUUUCCUAGAAGAGUCUGAUCAACUGGUGUGGCCUCACUACACUUACUGGACAUUAGCUUAUAUAAUAACCCAGUCAGGAGCAAAGAAACUACUUGACCAAAAACCAUUGGGAAAGAUGGUACCAGUGGAUGAAUAUCUACCCAUAAUGUUUGAUAAACAUACAAUGGAUGAAUGGAAAUUAGCAUUUGAGCCGAGGAAUCUAGUCAGUCUCUCUGUGUAUCCACUACUAGUCUACCCAAUGAAAUACACGGGAGAGCCUGGCUAUAUCACAGAUACAGAGGACUCUGAGGUUACUUUACAAAAUGCAGAUCCCCCAGAGGUUAGGGAAUUCACACCUCAAGGACCUGAGAUAGUGAAGGAGGAGUUGUAG